UGAGAGAAUGCUUUAAGACAAUUCAUCCAGGUCAGAAUCAGAGUUACUUUCCAGAGUAGCUGAUUGUGCAUCUGUCUCUCUGAUUUUAAUGUUUAUUCAUAUUGCAGUCCAACUCAGAGGCUAAAAUUACACGUGAUAGUGUGCUUACAUGCUUUUGGAGGAGUCUGAAAUUGAGUUAUUAUUCAUUAAGCUCAUGUACUAUUAGGUUUCUGCAGCUCUUCUCAAGAAACUGUCUGUGUUCCAACUGGCUUUCUUCUCUAUGGAUCGUGCUACCAUUCCCCUCGUCCUACUCUGCACCCUGGCUUCAUUUACUCCCAUUAUGGGAUGUUUCUGUGACCAUUACCCAUGGAGUUCAUGGUCCUAUUGCACCAAAACCUGUAACUCUGGUACCCAAGCACGAACAAGGACUGUACGCAAUGAUGAGCACUGGAACAAAAACAAUUGUUUCCAGUACUGUCAGACUCAUGAGACCAGAGCAUGCAGUGUUGAGGCUUGUCCCAUACACUGUCAGCUGACUGAGUUUGGACCCUGGUCCGAAUGCUCGCCGUGUGCCAAAAAAUCUUUCAGAACCAGGUCUGUUUUGAGGCCAGCUCAAUUUGGGGGGGACGACUGUAGUCCAUCUCUUACAGAGGAAAGAGCCUGCCAUCCCUCCAAGGAAUGUGGGAUUGAUCCUGUCAACUGUAAAGACAAGUUCACCUGUGACAGUGGAAGAUGUAUAAGCGCUACUCUGCAGUGCAACAAGCAGAACGACUGUGGAGACAACUCUGAUGAAAGAGACUGUGAGCAGACAAAAAGCGUGUGUGCAAGUGAACGGAUAUUUGCUUUCAUUCCUGGAGCAGACCUGAUUGGUUAUGGAUUUGAUGCUGCAGCAGAGCAGAUGAGAGGCGCUGUUUUGGACAACUCAUUCAUGGGUGGUGCAUGCACUCUACAAAGACACAGGAGAAACUACUACAGAAUCCCUGCCAACAUUGAGAGAUAUGAAAUCAAGGUAGAAAAUCUUGAGGAUAUUAAAGUGCAAGAAAUCAACGCCCAAAAAGUCAACUUGGCCGAAGAAUCACAACGUUUAUUCCUCAAAGAGGCAGUGAAAUCAUCUCAACAAAAGGACUCUGAGUUUUACAGGGUGCAUCAGGUUGUUGCCACAUCAACAUUCAGACUGAAAUCCUCUGGCCUCUACUUAGCAGACCAGUUCCUUCAGUUUCUGAACAGUCUGCCACUGGAAUACAACUACGCCCUUUACAGACAGAUCUUCCAGCUGUUUGGGACACAUUAUUUCAGCUCUGGGACAUUAGGGGGGAAGUAUGACCUCCUUUUCCAAUAUGAUCGAGAAGAACUAAAAACCAAUGGACUGACAGAAGCAGAUAUGAAUAGUUGUUUUAGUCAAGAUUCCUCCAUCUUUACUAUAUUCUAUAACAGAAAAUCAUAUAGUUCCACAUGUGGGAAACAUACGGUACAAACCAAAUAUGAAGGGUCAAUUGUAAAAGCAGCAGAGAAGUGUAUCACGACAGUGCAAGGAGGGAGAGCUGAAUUUACAGCAGCCCUGGCCUGGGAGAAGAGGGGUGUAUCGCCAGACAGCACCACAUACCAGGACUGGGUCAAAUCUACAAUAGACAAUCCAACUGUUAUAGAUUUUGAGCUUUUGCCUUUAGUGGAUUUGGUUCGGGGCUUCCCUUGUGCUGUGACGAAGAGAAGGCAUCUUUAUAAGGCACUGGAAGAAUAUCAGACUGAAUUUGAUUCCUGCAAAUGUGCCCCCUGCCCAAACAAUGCUCGGCCUGCUCUUUCUGGAACAGAGUGCAUUUGUAUUUGCCAGACAGGGACCUAUGGAGCAAACUGCGAGAAACGAGCCCGGGACUAUACUUCAGACAAAGUUGAUGGGCGCUGGAGUUGCUGGAGCUCUUGGAGUACUUGUGACGCCACCUUGAAGAAGCAUCGCUCACGGACCUGUAACAACCCUGCACCGCAGCAAGGAGGCAGACCCUGCCAAGGCCCUGAGAAACAGGUGGAGGAAUGCACCAUCUCUAUUUUCCAGACGCAAAAUGUGUGCAUUAAUGAUGAUGACUUUGAGACUGAAGGGUCCCGUGAGAGCCAGUUGCCCCCUGGAGCUUCUGGCUGUCCAAAACCCCAUUCACCUGCCAACAGCCACCUGAGGAUCAACAAACGUCAGUACGAUUAUGGAGACCACGAGGAGUUUGUUUGCUUCACUGGUUUUAAACUGGAUGGAUACCAGCUCAUUCACUGUUUGCAAGAUGGAACUUGGGAGAAACCAAAGGGACGGUGCAUUAAACACAUUUGCUCCAAACCAACAGUACCUGAUGGCAUGACGAUAUACCCAGACAAAACAGAGUUUCAAGUAGGAAGUGACAUCAUGCUGGCCUGCUUAGAGAGUGGCAUGAGUCCCUCAGGGCGUCAAUAUUACACGUGUGGGAAAAGUCUUGUUUGGGAGCCAAACAUCCCACAAGACAUACACUGCAAGAUAGAUAAACCCUUUGUACCAGACAGCAACUGUAAACCAGGAGAGAUUCAUGAUGGGACUAAAUGCAUCUGCAUGUCCAAAGAGAGAUGCAGAAAUUACAGAGCAGAUUUGUGUGUCUUUGACGCUGACAAGGAGACUGCCAUUAUGAUGUCCCUCUGUGCAUUUCAUGCUGACCGUUGUCAUGGAGACAGAUUAUACUUUAUGAAUAAUGGACCAUGCAAAACCGACGCAGGCAGUCUGGACUGGGCCAAAUUCAGGGCCAGUGUUUCUGAGCAGAGCUCGGUGCGGGAGCCCUGCGGUUCAGACACCUGUUACGACUGGGAGACCUGCUCAGUAUCAAAAACUUGUGAGUGCAAAAUCCCCAGAGAAUGUUCCAAAGAUGGGAAACAAAUGUACUGCUUGAAAAUUGUGAGAACGCAAAGCACACGGAGCUUGAAUCUGUGCUUCAUGGCUGCCAUGAAGUGCAGCAAGAUGGAGUUUGAGCUUCUGCAUGAAGGUCCUUGUGCAAGUUCUUAAUUGUGCACCAAUUUUGUAGACAUUUUCACAGCUGAAAUGCUCACUUAUUAUUGAUUUGUACAGAUAACCCAUUGUUGUUUUAUAGUCACACACAGCAUGCUAUGCAGUUAUUCUUUGAGCUGUCUAGAUAUUGAUGUGGAACUUCACAAUAAAACAUUAUCAGACUUUCA